ACACGAUACGCGACGAGGAAGGGCAGCACAACGUACGUGAGAGCGAACACCGGCCCAUCUAUUCAUUCUUCCAUCGUCUUGUGGUGUUGGUUGGUGCAGCUGUCAUGGGAGUCCGCGGGUGGCCCGCCCAGCUGGGCGUAGCGGCCUCCCUCGGUGUGCUGCUUGCUAUGGGCUGGUACUUCUGGGCAAAGCUGGCGAGCAAAGACGGAGAUCUACAAGCAAUCAGGUGGCUGAAGAGCAUUAGAGGGAGCCAUCCCUCCUUGACGCAUACAUCUCCCUGUUUGUCCUCUCAGGGAGCAAAAGAACGCUCAGCUUCAGGUGCGCAUGAAUAAUGCAGCACACGCCAACAAAAACAAGGCACCUGUGUUGAUCGAUGCUGCUCACUUGUCCCUGUCCCUGUCCUCUCUGCUCAUUCAUACGGCAACGGACGACAGACCUAUCACGAUGCGUGGGUGUCGUUCGAGCGUGCGGGUCUGCGGGGCAUUGUGGAGCUGCACGACUUCGGCAACGGCGUCGGCGUCCGCCUGUCGCCACACAACAACGCCUCGCACGACGAGCCGCAGACCAGCGGGACCAGGGGGGCUGUGCCCAACAGCACACUGCUCUUCUCCUUCCCUGGUGAGUUGCCGGACGGACGGGUAGAGGAUGAGCACAAUGACGACCUGCGGCCUGUCUCUUCAGGUUCCCUCGCGGUCGAUCUGCUGUCCGCCUCAGGACCCCUUGCUCAGCAGCUCAAACAGGUGGGUGGGUGCACGUGUGUGGACGAAGAGUGGGUCAAUGAUGGAUGGCUGGCUGGAUGUGAGCGCAGGACAUAACGUCGGGGCGGAUAACGCCACUCACAGCCUGCCUGGUUCGAAUGAGAGGCUCGCGUGCCAUCUUCUGAUUAUUCUGAUGAUGAUGAUGAUGGGUGCGUGUGUGUGGGUGGGUGGGUGUUUGUCAGGGUCUUUUCUUGGCUGAGCGGCGGGCGGAUGAGGCCUCCCCUUUGGCUGCCUUCUGGCGGGCGGUGCCCGACAGGCAGUGGCACAAGGUCAAUGACAGAUAGAUAGAUGUGUGAUCAGCACGAAGGAAGGAAUCCUUCCUUCGAUUGGUGUCUUCGUGCAGGAGAAUGGCAUCUUCUCCAUCCCCGACUAUGAGUUCAAUCUCACUGCAUUUGGGACCACCAUGGAGCACUGGAAAACACAGGCACGUGCCAUUCUGCCGACAGAAUGCCGCAUCAGGCCAGGAAUGUGGCUUCUUUGCUGACCGAUCGCUCAGGCCGUUGAAGCAACCAACGCCGCCUGGACGUACCUUUCAGAGCAGCCGGCAUUCCAGGAGCCGCACCUCUCCAUCGACGAGGCACGCAACAGCUCCCUCCAUCGGCGUGCAUGGAUCUGCAUCCGUUCUUUCCUGUGUGUUGUGUUGCGGGUGGCUCUGUGAUGGUGUGUGUCAGGUUCGGUGGGCGUACAUGCUGGUGCACUCACAUGGCAUCGGACACGGCAACGCACGGAGGGGUACGCAGGUGGACGGCUGGGUCAAUGGCCUUGUGAGAGGUUCUGCCCGUCUGUCUGUGUAUGGUGGGGUGGUAUGCAGGUGGUGUGGUGGUUGAGCCUGCAUUCAUGGCUCCUGUGCUCUUCAUGCGACCAACGCCAGAGGAGAGGGACGCUGUCCGGUAGCUUAACAUACAAAACGGAAGGAUGGCUGCGCACAUAUUUAAUGUACACAUCCCUAUGCUACGUAUUCUGUGUUCGUGCAGCAUCUUGUGGAACGAUACGACGAGCCGCUACGAGGUGUACGCCAAUGAAGACACCAAACCAGGUGUGGGUGGGUGGUCUUUCCGUCCGUCACCUCUUGUGUGUAUGUGUAUAUGUGUAUCAGGGGAGGAGCUGUACGCGCAUUCCCCUCUGCUGUCUGAUGCCUCCCUGUUGGCCUACCGCGGCCUGUGGUACCCCUCACGUCACCGCAUGCAAGUCACUCUCAACCUCACCGACACACUCAACCGACCAAACAUGUAUGUGCACGUGUGUAUGUAAGCACAGGGCGCCAGCCGAGCUGGCAGUGUCUGGUCUUUACAUGGAUGUUUUGGUGCGGGUGGUGUGGUGUUUGGCAGAUCGUCUGCGACUGUCGAGGCCAUGAGGAGGCACGGGUGCAUCGACGACAGCAACCAGCUCUCAUUCUGGAUCAAGUAAGACCACACAGCGGUCUCUUGGCAGUGUCGUCUUACUGUGCAUCACGCUCUCUUCCUGCUGCCGCCUGCAGGAUGAUAGACAAGAAGCAGAAGAUCCCUCCGGUAUUGCUCUCGUGCAUGCGCCUGCUCGCCGUCGCUGACACACCCAACAAGUGGGCGAUUCAAUGCAUCCGCUGCAAGACUCCCUACCUCGCACUCCCACUCUCACUCGCACAGGUAUGGCGUGCUCGAGCGGAAGAACUGGUUCGGUGCAUGGCCCAUCACACGACACAUCAACCAGCAAAACGAGGCACAGGCCGCACAGACAGCCAAGGUGAGUGAGGUGGCUUGAGGUCUGUUCCGCCACUCAUCGCUGUGUGUGUGUGUGGGUGGUUGGGUGGGUUGUCAGGCGUUGCUAGAUGUGCUGUUUGACCAGCUGAUGUCGGUCAACGUCGAGAUCAGGGAGAAGCUGGGCAAGAAGACCACCGGCGACAUUCCUUCCAUGCAGGUCUGUGAGGACAACACAAUACCCGCAAAGGCCUUGCAGUGGUGGGACAUUCUCUGUGGCUGGUGUGGGUGGUGACUUCAGGUUCGCAUGGCGGAGGUCGAGAUGCUCGUCAGCCUCAUCACGGUAAGCACCCGAAUGUGCCUGCAUCUUCGAAUUCCCUUCACCACUCCCUCUUGUCUGUUCCCUCCCUUGCCCAGUCAAUGAAGGACCUGGAGGCCAUCGCCAGCAACCAGGUCAUGUACGAGGCGUACCACGUCAUGAUGCUCGAGGAGUGGAAGAAGAAACACGGCACUCACACACCGCACCCAUCGCUCACGACGGCCGCCGAUGCCAGCGCUGACCACACUAACGCGACCGACACGACCGGCGGGGGCGAGGGAAGUGUGUUGGGGGAUGCAAAAGCAGAAGCUGUGAAGAAUAACGGUGUGGAUUUGGCCAAGAGCAGCUGAGCC